GAUAUCCGGCGGAGGUGCAAGUAUGGAAGCUGUGGAAGAGUUAGAUGUCGAUGUCGAGGGCGAUUCGGCGGUGGGACCUGCUGCGGAAGCGCAGCCAGGAAGUUAUCAGUAUCCCUCAUCCAGUUUACUCCAAGAUCACUACCUUGAUUCCACUUGGAGAACAGAUGUGGUUCUUCCUUGGAGUCUUGAUAGUACAAUUAGUGAAGAAAACAAGGCUGUCAUUGAGAAGAUGCUUCUGGAAGAAGAAUAUUAUUUGUCUAGCAAGUCACUUCCCGAAAAAAAUUGGCAUGAGCCAAAGGAAAAUGAUAAAAAAUGUACAAAAAGUCCACACAAGAAAGAAACAAAAAUCAUGCUUCGUUCACCUCCAAAAUCAGCAACUAGUUCAUUGAAAUGGACAACAGAAGAAAAGGAAAAGUUUGAAGAAGGACUGGCUAAAUUUGGCAGAAGAUGGACAAAAAUUGCUAUGCUGAUUGGAAGUCGCAACGUUCUUCAAGUAAAGAGCUAUGCCAGGCAAUACUUUAAGAACAAGGCAAAAAGUGAUGGUGUAGAAAAAGUGAAACAACAGCAACAGCACAUCAGUGCUCCUCUUCCACAAAGCAGUGAGGAUGUUGAAAGGAAGAAGGUGACAUGGGCACCAGAGCACUUAAGAGGACGAGCGGACCCUUAUUUAAAUGCAGUGAAAAUUGAAAAAUUAUCAGAUGACGAGGAAGUAGACAUUACAGAUGAAAUGGAUGAACUUUUAUCCUGUGCACAUCAGCAAGAAUCUGGAAAGUCUGAGAUAUUAGAUGUUCCAAAAAGCCCAUCUGAGCAAAGCAAUUGGACAGCACCUGUUUUGGAUUCUGCCCAACACAUGUCUGCUGUUCUCUUAACCCAGGACAUCACAAAGCCAGAACAAAGCGCAGAUGAGACUGUAGUUUCCUUCUCUGAGAAUAAAAAGCAUCAGACUAUAAAAAUAGAGAAUCAGAAGUGUGAUGGAACGGGGACUUCUGAAAGUCCCAACUGGUUUCCUAGUCCAGAGCUUUGUGAAGAACAAAAGGACGUAACUGACAGCAGCAUUCAUUUCCUUUCUUCUGAACACCUUGGCGAGGAAAAUCGGAUGGAUGCAGAGGAGCUGAAGUCACCAGAUCAAGAAAUAGCAAUAGAUAGAGGUGUUAUACUAGAAGAAGAAAAGCAAGCGAUUCCAGAAUUUUUUGUCGGGCGUCAAGCCAAAACACCUGAGCGCUAUUUGAAAAUUAGAAAUUAUAUUUUGGACCAAUGGGAAAGAAUCAAACCAAAAUACCUGAACAAGACAUCAGUACGUCCAGGGCUGAAGAAUUGUGGUGAUGUCAACUGUAUUGGACGAAUACAUACAUACCUGGAAUUAAUAGGAGCAAUUAACUUUGGCUGUGAGCAAGCUGUGUAUAAUAGACCGCAAACAGUUGACAAAGUACGGCCCAGGGAAGGCAAGGAUGCUGUUGACGCGUAUCAGCUCGUGCAACGUCUACAAUCUAUGCGCACGAGACGGCGGCGAGUGAGAGACCCAUGGGGAAACUGGUGUGACGCCAGAGAUUUGGAAGGACAGACGUUUGAGCAUCUCUCUGCUGAGGAGCUAGCAAAGAGGAGAGAAGAUCAGAAAUAUAAACUAUCAAAAGCAUUUAAAGGACAAAGACACACCAAAAGUUCAUUUGAUCCCUUUCAGCUGAUCCCUUGCUGUUCUUACACAGAAGAAAAACAAGAGCCAUUCAAAGUGUCAGUAGCUGCAGAAGCACUUCUGAUCAUGGAUUUGCAUGCUCAUGUUUCAAUGGCAGAAGUAAUUGGUUUGCUAGGUGGAAGAUAUUCUGAAACGGAUGGAAUAGUUGAAGUCUGUGCAGCAGAACCCUGCAAUAGCCUUAGUACAGGCUUGCAGUGUGAAAUGGAUCCAGUAUCUCAAACACAAGCAUCAGAGAUACUUGCUGCUAGAGGUUACAGUAUCAUUGGAUGGUACCAUUCUCAUCCUGCCUUUGACCCUAAUCCUUCCCUACGUGAUAUUGAUACCCAGGCAAAAUACCAGAGCUAUUUUUCCAGAGGUGGCUCAAUGUUUGUUGGAAUGAUUAUAAGUCCUUACAAUCGAAAUAAUCCUCUUCCAUAUUCUCAGCUCACUUGUCUUGUAAUUAGCGAUGAGACUAGUUCAGAUGGAUCCUACCGCCUACCAUACAAGUUUGAAGUGCAACAAAUGUUGGAAGAGCCUCAGUGGGAGCUAGUAUUAGAAAAAACACAGUGGAUAAUUGAAAAAUACAGACUGUCUCAUAGUUGUGUGCCCAUGGAUAAAAUCUUCCAUAGAGAUUCAGACCUAACGUGUUUGCAGAAGCUUUUGGAGUGCAUGAGGAAGACUCUGGACAGUGUAGCCAAUAGCUUCAUUGCUGAAGAAUUCCUGACACAGUUAGAAAACUUGUUCCUUUCAGCCUACCAAAAUGAGGAAUGGACUGAUACUGCUGAGGAAAAUAGCAUGUGUCCAAAUGACCUGCCAACGUGAUAACACUGGAAAGAAAAAUAGACCACUUUAUAAUGAAGUGGCCAUCGUUGAGAGUAACCGAAUCCAGUGUGGCUGAAGAAAAUUACUGUUAAUGAAAGACAGUAUGAAGCAAUCAUGGUGAACUAUCUGACCUCUGGCAUAACUUCUAAUCUUCUAAAAUUACAGUUAUACAGCAGGAAAAUGAACCAUUUACCAGCCCAUCACUUAGGUAGAAGCUAUCCAUUGCUCUAAAAGAAUUGAAGUGAUAAUGUUUUACUUGGACCAAGUGCUAUUAGCUUGAUGUUGAAAUAAUUAUAUUGCCAUUCUGUUUAGGAAACACCACCAUGUUAUGCUUAAUGUGUAUUCCCUAGGGGCUGUCAAUGUACAUUUCUUCUAUUUUAUAAAAUAAGCUAUACCAUACCCCAAAGGUGCAUUUUCAAGA